AUGGCUAUGUUUCGUGGACGACCCACUACAUUCCUUUCGUUUCUUCAAUCUUGCUUUCUUAUAUUUAUUAUUAUUGCUGUUAUCGUGCCGGAGGUCGCGGGGUCCGAUAUCACGACAUACGUGGAUGGGAACUGCCAAACUAGCUUCAAUAACCUGGACGUUGUGAAUGGGUACCCCGACGGCGUCUGUACGAAACUCCCACUCUCACCGAAUGGUACCCCCCAGAGUUUCCAGGUCGUGAAAUUGGAUCCGGAAUGCGCCGUCACCAUCUACGGCGCAAACGAAAGCCCCCUAACAUGUUCCUCCUCGCUCAAAAUCGUCGCAGAACUAGGAGCAUGCUACAACGCAACAUGGCAGUACUACUCAGUCGACGGCUGCACGUCUCCAAAAUCAACAUCCAUAACACCUCCCAUCAUCUCGCAAACAUUCACGGUACCACCUUCAUCACCAACAACUACGUCAACGUCAUCUACCACUCCUUCCCCACCCGCUGCAGCGCCUACAAAUGAUGCGGCACCAAGUACCCCGUCCCGCGCAAUCAUCGGCGGGAUAACCGGCGGUGUAGCUAGCAUCGCCGUUGCCUCCGCACUGAUAUUCCUCCUCAUCCUCCGCCGGCGACGGAAUCGUCGGAACGGUACUCCGGAUCGGAAUAAACCUCUUCCCAAGGCGCCGACGUUCGAGCUCCCGAAUGAUGGAGCGUUGGUGGAGGCUGCGCAUUGCGAAGUACAGGUCCCGAGGAAAGUAGCGGUUUGGGGGGCUGGAGGCGAGCAGAUUGCUGCGGUGGAGAUUGGACGAAAUAGUGCGUUUGAGCUGAGGAUGGAGCGGGAGAGGAUGGGGAUGGGGAGAGAGUGGAAGGGGAUGGAUGAAAAGGGUGGGGAGGGGAGGGAGGUUAAGGGGUGGAAUAUGAUAUAGUUUCACGGUUUCCCUAUGGAAUGAGAUAUCUUUUUUCGAUGAUUCAAGUUUGUGUAUUUGAUGGUUUGAUGGGUGGACUGAUGGAGACAAUUGCCGUGUGGAGAUGACGGUCACAUGACUUUCUGAUCGAUCGUAAUGUGGAUCCCGAGGUCAGUACUGAACGCUAAUGAAGUCCGUUCCACUAGAAAACCCACUCUAUACAGAGUUAUUGAGUAUCCAGAGAGACAUAUGUAGUACAUAAGCUGCAAUCGAGGGCGGGGAAAAUUGCCAUUCUUCUGACGUAGAAGGAUUCAUGGUGGCGGGUAUUUAGCGGCCGAUAUUACCAAAAGCGGAACGCGAUGACCACCAACUUAACUUCACACCCUACUUAAAGUCAACUCCCCUUUGCCUACCGACUCAUCUCAAGAAAGAUUCUAACACUUUUUCAAACAUGCAAUCACAUCUCAAUGGGUCUUCGGGGAAUGGUGAAGCACCACCACUGGGUACUCGACUUUUCUCCACCUCCAACGACUCACCGCCAUCUCUCGACGCCUUCAAGAAACUCACAGCACGAUCAACCCCCAUCCACUACCCUCUCGCCUCCUCAAUCGAACAAAGUAUCCCUAUCUACACACUGCCCGACUUCUCCUCCCUAACAAUUGCGCAACAAACCGCUCUUCAAGAGGAAUGGUAUCACAUCCUCCUCUCAGGCCCAGGCGUCUUCAUAACCAAGAACCUUUUCCCCGAUACCCCCCUCCUCCACCACAUCAACACCAUCUU